UUACUAUUUUCCGAGUGUUCAGCGUGUACGCAACGCAACGUGCAAGGUUAGAAUCCAGAAAUCGGACGUGUCGGACAACAAAGAAGAUUAAAUUGUGUGAAUAUAAAGUGUAUAAUUGUUUAAUUAAGUGUUUAAUGUUAAGAAAAUUAUCGGGGAAUAGGAUUCGUCGUUUAGAAAAAGUUAAAUAUCUACAAGAUGUCAAAUUUAAUUGAAGAUCAAUUGGAAGCGUGGGGUCUUCAGGAAUACAUGAGAAGUUUAAAGGAACGCUCAUCAAUUAAAUUAUCUAGAAGUGAAUCUGAGGAUACAUGCAGUAUAGCGAGUAGUUCUUCAAUAAAUUCACAAUUUAAAAAUCAUAAAAAGAUGCUAAAAGAAUUACUUUGUGUGUGUGAAUCUAGCUGUGGUAAAAAAAUAUUGGAACAAACACGAUUGACUUCGUCAGAUCGCAAUAAACUGUGUCAUUUGAUUAUUGAUAAACUUCUUUGCAAAUCUAAAAAAAUAACUUCUGAACAGUUUCAAGAGUGGGCUGCAGCGAUAGCUAGUGUUUUUAAAUAUGAAAAUACAUCGACGUAUUAUGUUCCAUCAAAUACAAAAUUUCGACUUUAAUUUAAGUAUAACAAUUGUUAUACUUAAAUUUAAUUAAAAAAGUUUUUAAAAUAGAAUAUUCUUCAUAAUAGGCAUUAAUAGAAAUCCCUCUGUUUUUUGGUUUAAACGGUUUUUUCCAAAGAUUUUCGAGAUUUGGAUCAUCCGGUUGAAUUGCACUCAAUUUGAGUAAUGCUUCUUGACAGUCAGUCGUAUCUUCAAUGUUUUCGUCCUCAGUUGCUUUUACUUUUUCUUGAUGUAUUUUUUAAGAUUAUUAUAUUUAUCCCAAAGUUUACCGUUAGCAA